AUGAGACACCCUUCAGCUCUGCUUGUGUUGCUUCUCCUGACGACAGCCGUGGCUUAUAAAUAUAAAAAUUUGGCUUUACGUGGCAAAGCAACUCAGUCUAAUCGUCUAAAAGGAGAAUGGGAUAGUUUUGUGGAUGCCAGCAAUGCUAUUGACGGAAACCGAAAUCCCGACCUUACACAAGGCUCUUGCACCCACACUGGAAAACAAUCAUUUCCCUGGUGGAGAGUGGACCUGCUGGAGUCCUACAUCCUCACUUCCAUCUCUGUAACCAACAGAGGAGACUGCUGCUCAGAAAACAUUAACGGAGCAGAGAUUCAUGUUGGCAAUUCUUUACAAGACCAUGGUACAUCAAACCCAAUGGUUGCUGUCAUUUCUCGCAUCCCACUUGGAAGGACUCUGAAAAUAACUUUUAGCGGUCAUGUGGAGGGCCGCUAUGUGACUGUGCUGCAGCCUGGUUUAAACCAGGUGCUUACACUCUGUGAGGUGGAGGUCUACGGUUACCAUGCUCCAACUGGAGAAAAUGUGGCAUUUUAUGGGAAAGCUACUCAGUCAUCAUUGUAUGAAACAGCCAUUGCAUACAAUGCUAUUGAUGGGAAUCGUGCUGGUCUCUGGGAGAAGGCUUCUUGCACUCUUACAAAAUAUGAAUUCAAUCCCUGGUGGCGUCUGGACCUGGGAAGAACCCAUAAAGUGUUCUCUAUCAACAUAUCCAACCGUGUAGAAGUUCACAAUCGAAUUAAUGGAGCUGAAAUCCGUGUUGGAGAUUCACUAGACAACAAUGGAAACAACAAUCCCAGGUGUGCUGUGAUCUCAACCAUCGGUCCAGGUUUUACUGAAACCUUUCAAUGUAACGGCAUGGAUGGCCGAUACAUCAAUGUAGUCAUACCUGGAAGAACUGAGCAUCUCAGUCUGUCUGAGGUAGAAGUGUACGCAUCGAGACUGGAUUGAAUUAAAG